CAUUUUCUCGAACCUAUGAAUUUUAUAGUCACGACUCAUUCAUUUGAGUACAUGUGGGUACUUUUGGAGUAAAUAAAUGUAUUAUCAUUAUAAGAACAUAACUUCUUUGUGGUUCAUUGACAAUGAAACAUAACAAAUACUCUUUUAUUAGAAAGAACAUUUAUUUGGAGUAUAACUCACAACCAUUAUCAAACAAAAGUAAUUGGAAUUUCUAAUGCUUUGAGAGAGAAAGAUGCAACUCAUUUAAGCUUAAAGGCAUGGUAAAUUUUUUAUACUCUUCUUUUGUGUCCAUUUAUUUGAAUUUUUUGUAAGAUAUUUAUACCUCUUAAUUAGAACUACUCCUAGACUUAAAAAUGGGUCAUUAUCCUAUUAGUUAUAAAGUUGUUUCUUCCUGCUUUCUAUGUCUCUUGUUCUCUUUACCCUUAAAAAGAUAUAGGACAAGAUGGGGUAUUAUUUAUUUCUAUGUUGUUUUUUUUACAAAUAUGUUAUUUUUGUUCUAUUUCUAUGUACUUUUUAUUUUGAAAAAAUUUAUUUCUAAGUUGUAACUCCAUAAUAAUGAAACACCACGCCAUAAACUUCCACAAACAAAUAGCCAAAACCAAAUCAAACCUCAAACACAUCAACCUUACUCAAAAACACACAAACCCUUCAAAAGGUAGCAAAUUUGUGACUGAGUGUAACAUCAAGAUUUCAGAUAAUGGGCGAAACGGCAAUAUUAAAGCAGCAGAAACAAUAUUCAACAGAAUGUCUCAAAAAAACAUUGUCACCUGGACAGCCAUGCUCACUGCAUAUGCCCAAAAUGGUCAAAUCACGAAUGCCCGCAAACUGUUCGAUGAAAUGCCACAACGAACAACCGCUUCUUACAACGCCAUGAUCUCUGCUUACAUCCGCAAUGGUUGUAAUGUAACCAAAGCUUAUGAGAUUUUCACCUCAUUUCACGACCGAAACGAGGUGUCAUAUGCUGCUAUGAUAAUGGGUUUUGUUAAGGCAAGGAAGUUCCAUUUAGCUGAACAACUUUACCUUGAAGCUCCAAUUGCGUUUCGUGACCCGGUUUGUUCCAACGCUUUGAUAAAUGGGUAUUUGAAAAUGGGUGAAAUGAAAGAAGUUUUGAGGGUUUUUGAGAAUGUGGGUGAGAGUGAGAGGGAUGUGGUUUCUUGGAGUGCUGUUGUUGGUGGUUUAUGUAGAGAUGGGAAGGUUACUUGUGCUAGAAGAUUGUUUGAUAGAAUGCCUGAGAGAAAUGUGGUUUCUUGGAGUGCAAUGAUUGAUGGGUAUAUGGAGAAAGGUUUGUUUGAAAAUGGGUUUUGUUUGUUUUUGGAUAUGAGGAAGGAAGGUGUUGUUGGGGUUAAUUCAACUACCAUGACUAUAAUGAUUAAAGGGUGUGGAAAUUGUGGUAGGGUGAAAGAGGGAAUGCAGAUUCAUGGGUUGGUUUCAAGGAUGGGAUUUGAGUUUGAUAGUGUUUUGAAUAAUACUAUUAUUACUAUGUAUUCUUUGUUUGGUUUCACUGACAUGGCAAAGAAAGUUUUUUGUGCUAUGGGUAAUAAAGAUUUAGUUACUUGGAAUUCUUUGAUUUCUGGAUAUGUUUAUAACAAUGAAGUGGAUGAAGCUUAUGGAAUUUUUGAGAGGAUGCCAGAGAAGGAUUUGAUUUCACGGACGGCCAUGAUCACCGGGUUUGCAAAGGGUGGAAGAAUUGGAAAGGCUAUUGAACUUUUUGAUAUGUUGGAAGAGAAAGAUGAUUUUGUUUGGACAGCUGUUAUAUCUGGUUUUGUGAGUAAUAAGGAGUAUGAGGAAGCUUUGCGUUGGUAUGUUCGGAUGAACCGAGAAGGAUACAGGCCUAAUCCUUUAACUAUGAGCAGCGUUCUUGCAGCUUCGGCUGAUUUGGCGGCAAUAAAUGAAGGGAUUCAAAUUCAUUCUCAUGUUCUGAAGAUGAACCUGGAAAAUGAUCUGUCUAUACAAAAUUCUCUUAUAUCGUUCUACGCCAAGUGUGGAAAUGUAAUCGAUGCUUACAAGACCUUCAUAGACGUCGUUGAACCAAAUGUUGUCUCUUAUAACUCAAUCAUCAAUGGUUUUGCACAAAAUGGAUUUGGCAAAGAAGCUCUCAAUAUGUAUAAAAGAAUGCAGAGUGAAGGCCUUGAACCCAACCGCGUUACUUUCCUUGGUGUUCUUUCAGCCUGUACUCAUGCAGGAUUGAUUGCAGAUGGACGUAAUUUAUUUAACUCCAUGAAAUCUCGUUAUCAAAUUGAGCCAGAUGCUGAUCAUUACGCCUGCAUGGUUGAUCUCCUCGGUCGUGCUGGUUUGCUCGAUGAAGUGAUUGAUUUAAUCCGUUCAAUGCCGUUAAAGCCCCAUUCUGGGGUUUGGGGGGCUCUUCUUGCUGCAAGCAAGGCCCACCAACGUCUUGACCUUGCUAACCUUGCAGCUCAACAUUUUACCGAGCUAGAACCUGCAAAUGCAACUCCUUACGUUGUAUUAUCCAACAUGUAUUCUGCCGUUGGGCAAAAGAUUGAGGGUGACUUAGUAAGAAAGACCAAGAAUUUAAAAGGAAUAAAAAAAAGUCCAGGUUGUAGUUGGAUUACUAUUAAAGAUAAGAUUCAUCUGUUUCUUGCAGGGGAUCAAUCACACAGGAAUAUUGAACAGAUAAAAGCCAUAAUUUUGACUAUAGAUAAAGAGAUGCAGUAGUUGUAUUAUUGUGAGCACUGACUUACUCUUUUUUUUCUUUCUUAACAAUGCAAUCUCUGUUGCACAACUGUUAUUAUUGCCUGUGCAAGCAAGCUUGUUUUUCAAUGAGAGAUUCUUAGAUUCACCUGUUGUAAGAGCAUUUUUUCAAUAUAUCGUUACUAGAAUUGAAUUUCA